AACACUCAGCAGAAUCCCAGCGGGACCAUACAAGGAUUUACAACCAUCCUCCUCCAAACCUGUGUCAAGUCAAGAUGCUUCAGCUUUGGAAACUUGUUCUCGUAUGUGGCCUGAUCGCUGGGACCUCAGCAUCCCUUCUUGAAAAUCUUGGUGAUGAUCUGAGUAAUACCGUGAACAAGCUGAAACCUGCUGUUGAGAAAGGACUCCAGACCGUUGACAAUACACUUGAUUCUGUCGUUCAGAAACUGACCGCUGACUUCAAGAAGCUUCAGGAAUCCAAGGCUUGGCAUCUGGCCCAGGAGAAGGUGCAGGAAGUGAAGAACUUGGUGAAUGAUGCUCUUUCUAAGAUCACACCAGCUAAGGAUGAGACUAUGGGGUUGAACAUCAUUAACUCCCGCAUCCUGAAAAUCAAAGUGGAACUGACUCCUGAUGGCGAAGGCAUUAACAUAAGGGUCCCCAUCGUCGCUAAUGUCACCCUGGCCCUGCCUGUCAUUGGUAAGGUCAACCUGAAGGCCUCGCUGGACCUCCUGACUGCUGUCAAAGUUGCAAUCGAUCCCCAGACCGGCACCCCCCGACUGAUCAUAGGGAAAUGCAGCAGUGACCCCGACAGCAUCUCGCUCACCGUGCUGGACAGCCAAAAUGCUAUGAUUGAGAAGGCCGUGAACACCCUGAGCAGCUUCCUGACAAAGACCGUGUCCCACCUGGUAGAGAAGGAUGUGUGCCCACUGAUCCAUGCCUUACUUUCCACCGUGGAUGCGUCUCUUGUUCAGGACGUCAUUGAUAAGUUACAAAAGGAAAACAACCCACAAAACGAUGUCUGAAGAGGGAGAUGGGGAGGACUGCUGGUGAUGCCCACCUGAAGAUCGGUGCCCCGUGGCUUGAUGGUGUCCCUGGUAGCAUCUCCAUCUGGGAAGGUGCUGCCACCGCUAGCCUGAGCACAGCCAGAAGGGACCCUCCCAGAGAUGAUUCCUUGCAGUCAGGACAGCAGCCUCUGUGCUCACCACCCUCCACCCCCUGCAAUAAAAGACCAUUUCUGCA